AUGGAUUUUGAUGAUUUUUUGCGGAGAAAGUUUAGAAGUAGCAAGCCAGUAGCGCCGGACGUUGUGGAGAGAAGCAAGAACAGUGUGUCGCUAUUGUGGCAGCCGCCGAGUGCCUUCGUCUUCCUGGAGCACCGGCUGCUGUACCAACUGGAGAGGAGAGACAAGAUACCGCCUUGGGAACUCGUCUACAGCGGCGGUAGAACAUCAAAAACAAUAGACAAUCUUCCUCCGCGACAUCCGCACAAGUUCCGGCUGCGAGCAGUGCUGCGCGCCUCCGACGUUGAUGCUUUGUCCUCCGCCGCGCUGACACACCACGGAGACGUCAACACAACUGUUACCAACAUUACACAACUUGUGGAAGAUGUGCAGUGCGCCGAUGAAGAUAGUGAACAAAAUCGCAAGGAUAGAAGCUGUCUGGUGUCUCAAUGGUCGGAAGAGACAUGGACGAGCACGGAGUCUGACGGCGUGUCGGCCGUCUGCUUCUGCAUGGCAGUGCGCUGCGGGUACAUCAAACAGCUGCAGGCGAUGUUAGAGGAGCGUCCGGAGCUCAUAGACAUCGUCCCCAGUAACGGCCUCUCCCCCCUCGCCACCGCCGUCAGGAAAGGUGACGUGAACACGGUGCGGUUCCUACUGCAGGCCGGGGCGGCGGCGGGGCACGCACUCGCCGCAGGGCAGACCCCACUGCACCUGGCGGUUCUCGCCGGACAUCUGCCUAUCAUUGACCUUCUGCUGGACAAUGGCGCAGACUUAGAGACACAAGACAUUAACGGCCUGCGCGCGGAGCACUACGCCGCGGACUCGGGCAGCGUGCAAGUUGUGAGGCACGUGCUCGCUCAUGGCGGAGACACCAACGUGCGCGAUCACAACGGCUGGACGCCGCUAUUCAGAGCAAUUUGUCAGGGCGCGAGCACGGAGCUAGUGGCAGAACUGGUGGCACGCGGCAGCGAUGUGACGGUACGGGACCGUGCGGGCCUGGCGCUUCUAGACGCCGCCCGCCUGCUGCGAGACCAAAACGGCAAGAGACGCGAGUCGGUGCUACGUGUG